GUCAUUCUAGUGCCCACACUCCAGUCUAGUAGGUGGCGGUAAUGCACCUUUAAGAUGAGUUGCCAACCGCCAUUAAACUCGAAAGAAGAAGAAGAACGUAAACUACGACAGUACGGACAAAUCCGGCAGCUCGGCAACUCUUUUGACACAAUGGGACGUCACUUUGGAGACUUGGCCAAAAUAAGACACAUAAUUACCUACAGCAUUUCACCCUUUGAACAGAGGGCUUUCCCCCACUACUUUUCAAAGGGAAUCCCCAAUGUUUGGAGACGAUUUUCAUCAUCUAUAUUCAAGGUUGCACCUCCAAUGAUUUUGAUGUACCUUACAUACACAUGGGGCAAUCAUGUUCAUGAGCAGAGCAAGAGGAAGAAUGCUAUGGACUGACCUUGAGAAUGACAUGUGAACCAAGUCUUUAUCUCUCUUUGUGCUCCCUGUUAUUUAUAAUUAAAAAAGGAUUGUAUUAAGUGAAAA